AUAAUUCGUAAAGUUGAACUGUAGGCUAGUAAUGCAAUAGCCGAAUGAAGCCAGGGUAGUGUUAAUGCCUAAUUAGUGCACAUUUGGAGUGGUAGCAGCUCGACUGGAGCAAUGAAUGAAUUAUGUAGCAGCAUGUGUUUAGCAUAGGCUAUGAGAAAGUCAUAGUGUAUGCUUCUUUUAUAGUUGUUAUGAAACCAGUUAUUCAUUUUACGCUGAACAAAAUAACUACACUGAAUGCUAUCGACGUGUUUUACUUUCACUUGAGAAACAGCUAGCAGCUCGUUAGUUUCUUUCCUGCUGAGCUAGCAACUGAAUUUAACCACCAGGCAAAGAAAUACAUCGAAAGAAUAUUUCAGCAUCAGCAUAAGCAAGAGUUUUAUGUGGCCUAUUAUUAUUAUUAUUAUUAUUAUUAUUCAGUGUUCCAUCAUUAAGUGCAUAAUGGUAGAUCCAGGAUGCAAAUGUUUUGUUAUGUUUUGCCUUCAAUAUAACGAUCACUAUUGCGACAUUCUGCAGCAGUCUUAGGCAUCUGUUUGCCCACGUUUGGUGGGCGUGCCAGGGGCGUUAUGGUACCGAAAGUUGUCGCAGGCUAUAAGAAUCCGUAUCGCAUUGAAGGCUUGCCCAGUCGCCUUAUCAGCAGCCAUAGUAAUAGCCUUUGGACGUUCAGUACAGAACUGUUUCAGUUUAUUAAUUUUAUUUUAAAUUGACUUAUAAUUCUAGUCUACAAGUAGCUCUGUGUUCCAGAUUAAUUAAUGAUUUUAUCUGGCAUAUGUGUAGUUAUGUGUCCCAGUUCUAAUGAAAGCUCAAGGGAUAUACCAGCUUAUUACUGAGGUAAUUCUAGGCGUACAGCAUGCAGUUCAAAACACGCAGUGAUGCUUGUAUGCAGGGAAGCAUAGGAUAAGAUGCCCCCUGCCUGUUGUUAUUUGCCUGCAACUUUAUGCAUAUUCAUCUUGUAUUUUUUAAAUUGCACAUCCAAAAGCAGUGUCUGUUCUACAAAAUGUAAGCCUUAACUAUAAAAAACGUGUUUGUCUCAGCGUUGGCAGAGGGGUGGAAAUGCGUCAAACUCGUGCACCGUCCUCUCCAUUCUCGGGGCUCCGUGCGCCUUCAUGGGGUCUCUUGCACCUGGGCCCGUAGCAGAUUUCAUAACGGCCGAUUUUGUGCGUCGUGGGGUGGACAUUUCGGGUGUGGCGUGGCAGAAGGAGGGGGAGACCCCGUGUGCUUGCUGUGUGGUGUGUCCCACCAGCGGCACCCGCACAGUCGUUCUCUUUGACACAAACCUGCCAGAUGUUUCGGCAGAAGACUUCUCCAGGGUGGAUCUGAGCCAGUACAAGUGGAUCCACUGGGAGGGUCGGAAUGCGGAGGAGCAAGUGAAAAUGAUCCAGCGGGUGGAGCAUUACAACAGCACGCUACCAGAGGACAAGAGGAUCACCAUCUCCGUGGAGAUAGAAAAGACCAGGGAGCCAUUGUACCAGCUAUUUCCAUAUGGAGAUGUGGUGUUUGUCAGUAAGGAUGUGGCCAGACACUUUGGGUUCCAGACUGCAGCAGAUGCACUGAGGGGUCUCUAUGGUAGAGUGAAGAAGGGGGCGGUGCUGAUCUGCGCCUGGGCGGAGAAAGGGGCGGAUGCCAUGGGCCCAGACGGAGCGGUCGUCCACUCGGACGCCUUCCCUCCGGAGGCCCUCGUGGACACGCUCGGGGCAGGCGACACCUUCAACGCGUCCGUCAUCUUCACCCUCUCCCACGGGAAAAGCCUGCAGGAGGCGCUGUCGUUCGGCUGCCAGGUCGCUGGGAGGAAGUGCGGUGUCCAUGGAUACGAUGACAUCGUGCCACAGAAACAGUAAAGAAGCAGGCUGGUGAAGGCAAUCAAGCUGGAAACAACCAUAGGACAAGUGCUACAAAGACUGGUUAGCAUUUGUGGAUGUGAAAAAGACCCAACGUGGCAACCCACAUGACAUUAGUUGCAGACAAAUGAUAUAUUACAAAAAAAAAUGUUUUCGUUGAAAUUACGAAAACAAAACAUAAAAAAAUGUUAAGGUAUAAAACGGUUCUGUUUUCGAAACUAUACUCCAUCUGUCAGAUUAACUUGUUAUAAUAAUGUCUUUACCUUAAAUUGUACAUUCAGAGCGUCUGUUUAACUGAUUGUUAAUUAAUUUAAAUUACUAGAAAUGAUUGCUGCUUGGGUUAACACUGGUUUAAGUGUAAGUGCAAUCUGAAUUUCUUAAUUUUAUGUUUACAUAAAUAAUUGACAAGAUGAAGUGGGGUGACUGUACUAUCCAUCAGUCGUUUAUCUCUGUGGCUUACUGUGUACAAUGAGAUUCACAUUUGCACUUACUUAUUCAGCAGACAUGAUCUGCCCAGAACCAUUUACAUGAAGUAUGAUAGAGGAUUUUCUGUGAAAUAAUGGUUUUGCCACUGAUACCAGAUUCAAUGGCGAACUUAAUAUUCCUAGCAACUAGCAAUCGUAGGCACAGCACCGAGAAAAGUUCAGUUCCAAGGAGCCACAUUUUAACAUUAACAGUAGACACAAGGCUGGUUCUGUUCGAAUGACUUAUGUCUUUACAAAUGGGAGGUUAAAAUCCUAGUUGAACUCUCCGAAUUCUCAGCUGGAUUCGUGCAGUAGGAAUUUCUUUCCCGAGCGGCGGUAGGCGUUCAUUAGCAUGCCUGUGCCGCUUUUAGCUCGUCUCCACGGCCGCGCGCUGGAACAGGUUCGCGCGGUAGCCGAUGAUUUGUCGGCAGUCGGCGGCUGCGGUCGGCCGCGCCGUAUCCAGCCGCAGUUUGUUUACGGCAGGCCAGCGCAUCCAGCCCUCCACAGAUGUGUUGAUAAUACUUGGCGCUGCUGAAAUGGAGAGAGAUAAACAGGAUAUUUGCCACUCUCCCUCCCUGUCCUAGGCAGAUGCAGCUGUCCAGUCCCCAUACCACUGCGCCCCAGAGCUUAAAAAAAAAAAACCACACAAGUGUUUGAUUAAGAAUUUGAAAUGCAAUUCAAAGAACACAUUUCAAACUGAUGAACCUCACUCUAGAUUUGACUGGAAAGAAGAGAAAAAAACAUUCCUUGCUGCAGUGUUGCAUAAAUACCUUUCUGAAAUAGUGUGAAUUUGCACUAGUUUGCUUAUUUAACUUUUGCACCUGGCUGAAGUAGUUUUAUGUGUUCUCUGACUUUACAGUGCAGCAUUAAAACUGUUACCAUGAGUUGGAAACACAAAGGAAAACAUGAUAAACUUGAUUUCUGCAAUGUAUGUUUGUAUAUUGUAAAUCAGCUGUCCCCAAACUAUAGCCAGCUGCUGAACUUGGUCCUUUAAAUCUUUCUGACCAACCCUGCACUACUGCAGUAAGACUAUACUACAUUUAUACUGACUGCACAUAGAAUAACAGGCAGAGAUGCACCUCUACUCCAUGCUAACCUUUCUGUAGCACUGUGUUGCCUGUGUUGUGUAAAAUAGUGAGGUGUGCAGGCACUUUAGCUGCACUGGAGCUUCUGUAGGUGGCAUAGUAGUGACUAGAGAGGCACACUUUUCAACUUCAAAAUUGAGAGAAAACCUUAUCUUAAAUUAAAUUGUUAAAUAAAAAUAAAUUAAUUAAUCUUAAAUUAGCAUAAUAAAUUCACUGGAAUUACUUUUCAAAACUGAUUGUCUGUUAUGCAAGAAUUUCUCAUUUCAUUUCAGGUUUUGAUCAGGCUUAUGUGUUUAAAUGGUACAUUUAAGAAAACUACUUUUAAAAUGCAAGGCCUUUCCACUGACACACUUUAGCAAAUAUACUGUGCUGUAUUCACUGAGUGCAUACAGCACAUGUUCAAAAUCAUUGUAAUACGGCAUGAAUUUGAUAUAUGUGUCGAGUAGGAGGUCACUGAAGCUGUAUAUUUUACAAUCAAGCUGCUCUAUUAAAUCACCAGGCUUUUUUUUCACGUCAAAAAUGUGUUUGUCUGUGACAUUCUAUACUCAGCCAUUUUGUCUUUCAGUAGAUUCUUGUGUUUGGACAGGCUGAGACACAAUAAGGUAGAGCAGAAGCCCUGUGUUUUCAUUGCAAUCUCAGUUGUCAAAUAUAGAAUAACUUUGGCCCUUUCCAGCUCAGCCACCGUAAUAACUCUUCAUGAUUUGUCCUUUUGACAGUUAUUUAGUUGUUCGCAUGGACACUGCUUUAUGGUGUAUAUCUGCACUUGCUUAACAGAUAAGGAAAGUCAGACUCUUGACCACUGACUGGAAAACAUUGUGGAAAAUGUGAGUGUGAGUUCCCUGGAGUGAGAAGGAUCUAAGAGGGCAGGCAGUUCAAUUCCCGAUGUGUCGUCUGUGCGCGGGAGUCUGUAGAAGACAGGUCACUGCUGUGCGAAACCGCGAAGACCAGGGACCUCGUAAAUUAAAGCUCAGUUUCGCUAUUGAAGUGCAUCCAGAAAUGUUGGUUUUCCCAUUUAGACUAGGCCGGCCUUCUGGAAGAUUUUUCUUGGCUUGCGACUUUCUGCCCGUAGUUUCAACUCUUCAGAAUGUGGACACAUCAGCAUCAUUGACAACAGACGCAUUCAAAGCACUUAUUUUGAUGUAUCGCACAGACAUAUUUUUCUGCUUUGACUUCCAUUUUCAUGUACUGUAAAUGUCCCUGUAAAAUACAUACGCAGAAUAUAAACACCAAAAGUUCAAGUUCAGCACAGCCAGUUACACAGCAUACUAAGGUUACUUGUCACUUGUGGAAAUGAUUUCUAAUCUAAAAACAUUGUGUAGUAUUAAUUAUGAAGUACUGCACUUUUGUCAGCCAUUUAUAAGUGAUGUGUAUAUUAAAACAGCCUGACAGGUGGCAGCUGUACUUGAGGUCCAGUCUGAGGCUGCUUCCAAAUCUACUCCUCUGACACUUCCUGAAACACUUGCUCUUGAAAUGUGGGUCAGAAUUAAGGACAAAUGUUCAUUGAAUCCAGACUUCAAAUUUAGUUAUAUAUAUUGUGCUGAAGGUUAGCUCUCGCUUCAAAUUGAAUUUAAAUUUUUGGGGAGGGGCCAAUAUGUACUUUGUUGGCCCCUCUCCAGCUGCCCCAGUUAGCGAUCAGAAUCUCCCAUUCUUGCGUGUUCCUUCCCCCUGCUCACAUGAGUUUGUGCAGAGAGAGAAUAAAAGGAAACAAAAGUGAAGUAAGGCUUACAGAAAAUAUCACAAUAGUGAAAAUAAAAGAGAAUGGGGAAAUAUGUUCAUAGGCCUGUCUGUGUUUAUAGUUUCAUUGUUAACCCCGCAUAUGGAGAAUCUUGAAAAUAACUCACUCAUGGAUGAAGACUGAGGCACCAGCCAUGCGGAAAAAGACUGGUUAUUGCGCUCAGCCAGAGCCUUCAUGGUGUCCGUACUCGUGGAAAAUUCAGUGACAUAAUUUCCUGCUGGCACUGGCCCUGCAUGUAUGCCAAAAACAACUUUGCUGGGUUCAGUGCCAGUGUCCACCCUAGCAUGAAUCAGUUAAGUCAGGGGUUAACUUACCUCAUCUGGUUUCUCACUUGCUGAUUUUAAAGUGAAAACAAAAGCCAGGAGCCCCUGUGGCCCUCUGGGACCAGGGUUGGCGACUGCCACUUCAGGCUGCUGAAACAAAGCCAUACACGUGCUUCAAGGAGCUGUGUAAAAUUAAAUAUCUUUAUUUAAACCA